AUAAAAGUAUGUAUGGUCAUGGUCUGUGCUGUGGUUGUGGUCGUCAUGGCUUGACAUUUUCAUUUGUCACAUUUGAAUAAAAAAGUAAAAUUUAAAUUGUAUAAAAAAAAUAACUAAUUUAAAACGCUUGAUUAUUGGCCAAUGGUACGCUCGUAAUUAAUACCUGUUUGCAUCUUGGAAUCAGUAAUUUAGUCUAAAUUCGAAAUGGAGUUACGUGAAGAUUCUAUAAAAAGAGAACAAAAUGUUUUAAAAUCUCACAAAGAUGGAGAUUCUCUAGAGGAAGAACAACAUGUUAAUGUGCAAGUUAAAUCAGAACCGGAAGAAUGCAUGAAAUUUGAAAUUGAUUACACACAGGAUUCUUUAUCAGACUGGUAUCGUUCGGACGAUAUUAAAAUAGAACAUACAUCACGACCUGAAAUAAGUAGCCCAUUCCCCCUAAUUCCCAAGCAAGACGUCAAGACAGAAAUCAAGAAAGAACUGGAUGACGAUGAACAUAGUUUAGGUGUAAAUCUUGGUUGUGAAACUCAAUUUCAAAGUAGGAAUAGGAAACAAUUAGACUCUGACAAAGAUGUAAAAUUACAGAUAGGUGUUUCAACUGAGAUACAUCCUGAAAAACGUGGUAGAAGGACGAAAACAUCAAAAUUACUGUCCAACAUUGGCAAACAAAGAUUACAUCAGAACGAGAUUAAAAAGAAAUCCGAUAGAACGUUGGUAACACACACUGGUGAAAAGCGUUAUAAGUGCGAAAUUUGUUUUAAGCAGUUUACCAGAGUGGGAAAUUUAAAAAAUCAUUUCAGGUUGCACACAGGAGAAAAGCCUUACAAGUGCCAAAUUUGUUCUAAGCAAUUUAGUGAAGCAGGAAAUUUAAAGCAGCAUUUGAGAUUGCACACUGGAGAAAAGCCUUACAAGUGCGAAAUUUGUUCUAAGCAGUUUAAUCAAGAAGGAAAUUUGAAACAGCAUUUGAGAAUACACACUGGAGAGAUGCCUUACAAGUGUGAAAUUUGUUUUAAAGAAUUUACUCGACCAGGACAUUUAAAAAGUCAUUUAAAAUUGCACACAGGAGAAAAGCCUUACAAGUGCGAAAUUUGUUUUAAGCAAUUUGGACAACAAAGCAGUUUGAAAAGACAUUUGAUAAUACAUACUAGAGAGAUGCGUUACAAGUGUGAAAUUUGUUCUAAAAAAUUUAAUCGCGAUGAACAUUUGAAAAUUCAUUUAAGAAUACACACAGGGGAAAGGCCUUACAAGUGUGAAAUUUGUUUUCAGCAGUUUAGCCACGCAAGUACUUUAAAAAUACAUUUGAGAAUACACACUGGAGAGACGCCUUACAAGUGUGAAAUUUGUUUUAAAGAAUUUACUCGACCAGGACAUUUAAAAAGUCAUUUAAAAUUGCACACAGGAGAAAAGCCUUACAAGUGCGAAAUUUGUUUUAAGCAAUUUGGACAACAAAGCAGUUUGAAAAGACAUUUGAUAAUACAUACUAGAGAGAUGCGUUACAAGUGUGAAAUUUGUUCUAAAAAAUUUAAUCGCGAUGAACAUUUGAAAAUUCAUUUAAGAAUACACACAGGGGAAAGGCCUUACAAGUGUGAAAUUUGUUUUCAGCAGUUUAGCCACGCAAGUACUUUAAAAAUACAUUUGAGAAUACACACUGGAGAGAUGCCUUACAAGUGCCAAAUUUGUUCUAAUCAAUUUAGAGACUCAAAUCAUCUGAAAAGACAUUUGAGAAUACACACUGGAGAAAAGCCUUACCAGUGCGAAAUUUGUUUUAAGCAAUUUAGUGAAGCAGGAAAUUUAAAAAAGCAUUUGAGAUGGCACACUGGAGAAAAGCCUUACAAAUGCCAAAUUUGUUCUAAGCAAUUUAGAGAAUCAAGUCAUUUGAAAACUCAUUUAAUAAUACACACUGGAGAAAGGUCCUAUGAGUGCGAAAUUUGUUUUAAGCAAUUUGGACAACAAGGCAGUUUGAAAAAUCAUUUGAGAAUACACACUGGAGAAAAGUCUGACAAAUGCGAAAUUUGUAUUAAGUUUAAUCAAGAAGGACAUUUGAAAAAUCAUAUGAAAAUACAUACUCGAUAGAUGUCUUACAGAUGUGAAAUUUGUUGUAAGUAAUUUAGUCAAAAUGGACUAUUGAAAAAGCAUUUAAGGGUGCACACUGAAGAAAAGUCUUAAGCCUUCGUUACGUCAACGUAUAUAGAGGUUAUGGAAGAAUUCUGCCCUGUAACUUUCCAGUAUAGGACCUGUGUUCCAACUGAGUUGAAACCAUAGGUAUAUAGGAAACCAAACAUGGAAUAACCACUUGACAACUACUACAGAACUUGCGCGAUCUCCUCACCACCUCGGCCUCAUUAAUCUGCUUUUAGAAUAUGGAAGAGUGGAGCAGCUUUAGAUAUUUUCUUAUCUAAAUGCCACGUGGUCGUGUACAUACCAUACUUAGUCUUAAAUAUUUUCAUUUUAUCAAAUUACAGAUCAAAUCCUACUUCUCUACUACUCAUACCAUAUUUUGUUUUUGUAAAAAGUAAAAUAUUAAUAUUUCUAGUUUCAAUAACUGAAUAUUUUUAGAACAAUAUUGUGAUUCAAAAGUAUAACAAAAUGUUACAUGAUGGUUUUUUGUUGUGUUGGAACAAACCCAUUUUUAAUUCAAAGUUAUAACAUUUUAGUUACAUACAUGUACCUGAUAAAAAAAAUACUUGUAAUAUUGACGUUUUCGUAGGUACCUUUUUUUAGUUUAAAAUUAUAAAUUUAACGAUUAACGAUAAUAUAUUAAAAAUAAAGAUUUUAUGAAAAAACAAUUAGCAAAUCAAUGGCAUCGAAAUUAUAAUAAACCAAAGUGUAAUAAUAAGUAUACCUAAGUUAAAUCGCUCCGUUCGUACUCCUUCCUCACUUUCCCCCAAGACUUUGAGCCGUCUCUCUCUACAGAAGUAUAUUGAAGUGACAAAAACGUGACCAUUUCCCCCAUUUAAACUCUUCUACGUUAAAUCGCUCCGUUCGUACUCCUUCCCUACUUUCCCCCAAGACUUUGAGCCGUCUCUCUCUACAGAAGUAUAUUGAAGUGACAAAAACGUGACCAUUUCCCCCAUUUAGACUCUUCUACGUUGGUUACAUCAAGGUGUCAAUAUUAUUGAUGAAUAAAGGUAAAAAAGCGGUAGCCCUCACAAGACUCAAUAAUAUUGAUUAAUAAAGUGUCAGUUUCAAUUGUGCAGCCAAGGAGCUCUAAUCGCAUCUGCUUUGGUGCUCAAGAAGAGAAAAAAAGGAGGCAAAGAACAGUGUGGAUUAAAAACUUUGAGUCAUGGAUAUGAGAAAUUGCUCCGAGGGCUCCACAGCCACAGUGAGCAAGAUGACUACAAUUUUUUUUUAAGAAUGAAUGAACAACUGUUUCAACCACUCGUUAGGCUCAUUUCACCAUUUAUAUUAAAGCAGAAUACGAUUAUGAGAAAAGCCAUUUCACCGGCGAAUCGACUGGCACUCAUUAAGAUUUCUAACAACUGGCAACAGCUUUGGAGAUUUGAAAUUUCUAUCUUGUAUGGCUGCAACAACCAUAAGUAAAAUAGUUGAAGAGACAAAUCGGAAUUUUCAGAUUACUAUCAGUAUACCGCACACUAUAUAGAGCUAUAUGCAUAGGUAGACCGCACACUAUAGUAGCAUCAGUUAUUCUUAUUAUGCUACUUAGUACAUAUGUAUUACCAUUUU